CAUUGAAUAGGUAAGAAUUGAUGCCUGUGCGUUUUUGCAGGAGAAUGAGGAGGAGAGCUUUGUAUUUUUCGAAUGUGGGACAAAUCUAACUGCGCGUGUAGAAAUGUUCGAAAAGGAAGUGGUUAUUGAUUGCAAGGGACACAUCAUGGGCCGUCUUGCUUCUGUCGUGGCCAAGGAGCUUCUCUCUGGUCAGAAGGUUGUGUGCGUCCGCUGCGAGGACAUUAACAUCACCGGAGGAAUGAUGCGUAACCGUGUGCGCCGUGAGGCCUAUCUUCGUAAGAAGAUGAACACCAACCCUGCUCGUGGUGGCUAUCAUCAGAGCGCUCCUUCUGAGAUCUUCAAGCGUGCUGUGCGCGGAAUGAUUCCCCACAAGACCCCUCGUGGAGGCAACGCGAUGAGCAAUCUGAAGUGCUUCGACGGAGUGCCUGCUCCCUACGACAAGAAGAAGCGCGUGGUUGUGCCCGCUGCUUACCGUGUGUCUCACCUGAGACCCGAUCGUGCCUACAUCACUGCUGGACACCUCGCCAGCCAGUUCGGAUGGAGAUACGGACAUCUCAUUCAGCGUCUGGAGGCCAAGAGACUCGCGAAGUCGAAGGAGUAUUUCGAGAAGAAGAACUCUGAGAAGAAGGAGGCUUCCGCGUAAGCUUGGUUCAAACAUGUCACACUUUGCGAU